CUCCAAAUAAUCCAAACACCACCACCACGCUCCCUAUAUAUUACCAUAUUUAUUGUGAGCACCACAGCAAACGUUGUACUGCCACCUUUCAUCAUAUCAUUGUUUCACAACCAUGAGGUGGUGUUGCUGCACAUCUUUUGUACUCUUUCUUACCCUUCUCAUUCAGAUACAUGGAAGUGAUCAUUAUGACCACAAGCAAGCAAAAGGCUCCGUAGAGAGAGGUUGUGACUUGUUUCAAGGAAGCUGGGUUUAUAAGGAAUCAUACCCUCCUUAUUAUGAAUCCUCACAAUGUCCCUUUAUAGAGAAGCAAUUCGAUUGUGAAAAGAAUGGUAGACCAGAUAAGUUCUAUCUCAAUUAUAGAUGGCAACCUACAGGGUGCAACUUACCAAGAUUCAAUGCUGAAGAUUUCUUAAGAAUACAUAGAGGGAAAAGUAUCAUGUUUGUGGGGGACUCAUUGAGUUUGAAUCAAUGGCAAUCACUCACUUGCUUGCUUCACACAGCCUUGCCACAUGCCCCAUACACCAAUGUGAGAAAUGGAGCUCUCUCCAUUUUCACCUUCCCGAGCUAUGAUGUUAAGUUGAUGUUCUCACGCAAUGCAUUUUUGUUGGACAUUGUUGCUGAAAAAAUUGGUCGAGUUCUCCAUCUAGAUUCAAUUUCAGCUGGCGAAACGUGGAAAGGAAUAGAUGUAUUGAUAUUUGACUCUUGGCAUUGGUGGCUUCACACAGGAAGAAAACAACCAUGGGAUUUCAUUCGAGAAGGGAAUCAUAUAGUAAGAGACAUGGAUCGCUUGGUAGUAUAUGGGAAAGCAUUGAACACAUGGGCCAAAUGGAUUGAUAACAAUAUUGACCUUAAACAAACAAAGGUGUUCUUUCAAGGAGUCUCUCCAGAUCAUCAAGAUUCAGAGCAAUGGGGUGAGCCAGGAGCAAAAACUUGUGUAGGGCAAACUAGGCCAGUGUUGGGAUCCAAGUAUCCUGGAGGUCCAAGCCAAGCAGAGUUGGUGUUGGAAAAAGUGUUAGGAGCCAUGCAAAAGCCUGUGCAAUUGUUGAACAUUACUACCCUAUCACAGCUAAGGAAAGAUGCCCACCCAUCUGUUUAUGGAUUUGGAGGGCAUAGGAGCUUGGAUUGCACCCACUGGUGCCUAGCUGGGGUUCCUGAUACUUGGAAUGAGAUUUUGUAUGCUAGUCUCACUCAAAAUUAAGUUCCUAUAUACAUUGUUGUUGCUUAUUACAAAAUAAAAUUUGUCCCUAAAAUAGAUACAUUUCUAAUUUAUUAUGUUAAUUAAUAUAAAUCAAGAUUU